CUCAUCGGAGCCUUCAGAGCUGGCUGCUCAUGAGAUCCAUCUCUCUAUCUCUCUCUGAGAGAGAGUAAUGGCUGAAAAAGGAUCUCCAGAGAAGCUUCCUUCUAGCAGAAAACUAAGCACAAUACUAAGCAUCGAUGGGGGGGGAAUUAGAGGAAUUAUUCCAGCAAUCAUACUGGGCAUCUUGGAAUCUGAGCUUCAGAGAAUAGACAACAACGAGGGAGCCAGAAUUGCGGACUACUUCGAUGUGAUAGCAGGGACGAGCACAGGCGGUCUUAUCACUGCCAUGCUGACUGCGCCGGACAAAGUAACCAACCGCCCUCUGUUUGCCGCCAAAGAUAUUGAGCAAUUCUAUCGGGAAGACUGCCCCAAAAUCUUCUGCCAGAAAAGAGGGUGUGGAUUAAUUACCCUAAUCAAGGCUUUGUUAGGGCCUAAAUACGAUGGCAAGUAUCUCCAUGACCUCGUAACGGAUCGCCUAGGGAACACAAAGCUGACAGAAACGCUCACGAAUGUUGUAAUUCCUACCUUCGACAUCAAGAAACUCCAACCCACCAUCUUCUCCACCUUUGAGGCGAAGAGAAACCGAAGCCAUGCAGAGCUCAGAGACAUCUGUAUCGCAACUUCAGCUGCCCCAACUUUCCUUCCAGCUCACCAUUUCAAAACAAUGGUGAAAAGUGAGGAAACAGAAUUUCAUCUUAUUGAUGGCGGUGUGGCUGCAAACAAUCCGGUCUUAAUUGCCAUCGACCAAAUCAACGCAGAGCGGGGUGAGGCAAGUGGUACUGAAUUCCUGGUAUUGUCACUGGGAACAGGCUCAAAAAGAAAUAAAAACAAGUACAACGCCAAGAAGGCAGCAAAGUGGGGUUUGCUGGGGUGGCUAGCUGGCAAACACAGUGUUCCAUUAUUGGAUAUCUUUAUUGAAGCAAGUUCUGAUAUCGUUGACUUCCAUGUCUCCAAACAGUUUAGCCUUCGUCAAUGCAAAGACGAUAGCUACCUUCGCAUUCAGGAUGAUACUCUUCAUGGUAUCCAGGCAUCCGUGGACAGAGCAACCAAAAAAAAUAUGAAGGAUCUUGAGAAUGUUGCCUAUCGUUUGCUAUGCAGUCAGGUUUCAGGUGUAAAUCUUGACACCGGAACUUUAAAGCCAUUGGGAACAGAGAGAAACAUCUGCGCUCUAUCAAGGUUUGCAAAAUUACUAUCCGAUGAGAAGAAACGUCGCGAUGCAAGCAAAUAACCGAAUCAUUUGAAUAAAAUUUCAAAAUAGUACUUUCAUUUCCUAAUUAAAUAAACUUAUUUGAUAUAUAUUAAUGUAACCUCCAUGUGGUUUAUAUAGGGUCUAACACAACUGUGUUAUAUGUGUAGUGAAUUUCCAUUGUAAUUGUUCUAUGGUGUGAUUGUUUUGUUACCUUUAAAAAUAAUGGACACCUAAAUGGGGAGUGAAUUGGGUGUAUUUGUAAAA